AUGGAGCAUUGGAGAGACAUGGAGCAGAGGGCACGGAGGAGAAGGCACGGAGGGGGGAAGGCCAAAGGUGCAGAGGAGCAGAUGAGAAGAGAACCGCGCAGCUGCGAUUCCCCCCAAUGCUGCUGGCCGCAUGGAGGAGAGAAGGCAUGGAGGAGAGAAGGCAUGGAGGAGAGAAGGCAUGGAGGAGAGAAGGCAUGGAGGGGAGAAGGCACGGAGGGGAGAAGGCACGGAGGGGAGAAGGCACGGAGGGGAGAAGGCACGGAGGGGAGAAGGCACGGAGGGGAGAAGGCACGGAGGGGAGAAGGCACGGAGGGGAGAAGGCACGGAGGGGAGAAGGCACGGAGGGGAGAAGGCACGGAGGGGAGAAGGCACGGAGGGGAGAAGGCACGGAGGGGAGAAGGCACGGAGGGGAGAAGGCACGGAGGGGAGAAGGCACGGAGGGGAGAAGGCACGGAGGGGAGAAGGCACGGAGGGGAGAAGGCACGGAGGGGAGAAGGCACGGAGGGGAGAAGGCACGGAGGGGAGAAGGCACGGAGGGGAGAAGGCACGGAGGGGAGAAGGCACGGAGGGGAGAAGGCACGGAGGGGAGAAGGCACGGAGGGGAGAAGGCACGGAGGGGAGAAGGCACGGAGGGGAGAAGGCACGGAGGGGAGAAGGCACGGAGGGGAGAAGGCACGGAGGGGAGAAGGCACGGAGGGGAGAAGGCACGGAGGGGAGAAGGCACGGAGGGGAGAAGGCACGGAGGGGAGAAGGCACGGAGGGGAGAAGGCACGGAGGGGAGAAGGCACGGAGGGGAGAAGGCACGGAGGGGAGAAGGCAUGGAGGGGAGAAGGCAUGGAGGGGAGAAGGCAUGGAGGGGAGAAGGCACGGAGGGGAGAAGGCAUGGAGGGGAGAAGGCACGGAGGGGAGAAGGCACGGAGGGGAGAAGGCAUGAGGGGAGAAGGCAUGGAGGGGAGAAGGCAUGGAGGGGAGAAGGCACAGAGGGGAGAAGGCACACAUGCACGGCUGUGA